AUUUUCAUUUGGCUCUGGCCAAAAUCCAGCUUCCCGAGAAAACGAGUCUGUCUGUAUCUGCGCUUGUCUGGGAUUCCCGCCCGGCACAGCAAUCUCUAGGAAACCUUUAGCGGGCAUGGUGCCCAAGACUGUUGUUAGUUCGACAGGUUGUUUAUCAUUCUUCUCCUCACCUCUCGCUUCGCCGGUAGUAAUUAGACGCAGCCCACUGUGGAGCGCUCAUUCCGGGGCCCCCAGCAUCUGGGUGCGACGAUAUCGCGCCGUCUGGCCUUCCUACGGCAUCACCACCCCCAUCCCGGAUCCUAAUCCACAGUUCCCCAUCUCCCGCUCGCCUUUCUGCUUCCAGACAGGCUAUGCGCUCUGCGCCAAACGGCCCUCGCGUCCCUUCCCCCCACCGUUCCUGUCUCCGCCCUCUUCCUCCUUUUCCGACCCGCUGACCACCCACUACCUGAGUCAGGAUAAGAGAUUAUCCGUCCGGGGGGAUCUGGUCCGCGGCCUGAACAACGGCGACGAUGCUGUUUUAGUGGCGGAGAAUUACCUCGCCGUGAAUGAUGGCGUCGGGGCGUGGGCAACCAAGCCGAGAGGUCAUGCUGCGCUUUGGUCUAGACUGCUCCUCCAUUUCUGGGCCCUGGAACUUGAACGAGAACCCAAUGGCCAGUCCGAGUUAGAUCCUAUCGGCUAUCUCCAACGCGCAUACGAGGAAACCAUUCGAGCAACGACUUCCCCAGGUGAAUGGCUGGGAACUACCACAUCCGUCACAGCAAUACUGCAUUGGAAGCGCGAUGCUACGGGAAAUAUACGGCCCUUGCUUUACGUGACCAACAUAGGUGACUGCAAGAUCUAUGUCAUCCGGCCUAGCGAGAAGAGAAUCGUCUUCCGGACCAAGGAACAAUGGCAUUGGUUUGACUGUCCUAUGCAGCUGGGCACCAACAGCGUCGAUACUCCCCAGAAGGAUGCAGUCCUUUCCUUGAUUGAUGUGCAGGAGGAUGACCUUGUGGUGGCCGUGUCAGAUGGUAUCGUGGACAAUCUGUGGGAGCAUGAGAUCCUGACGAUCAUCCUGGAUAGUCUGGAGAAGUGGCAGCAAGGACGUCAUGAAGACAAGGACUCGGAGUGGGCGCCUCCGGCUGUGAUGGCGGACGAGCAGAUGGUGUUUAUAGCGAGGGAGCUGCUCAAAUCUGCUCUGGAGAUCGCCCAAGAUCCCUUUGCGGAGAGUCCAUACAUGGAGAAGGCGGUGGAUGAAGGACUGGCCGUGCAGGGUGGGAAAAUGGACGAUAUCAGUGUGGUAAUCGGCUCUUGCAGGAGGAGGACGUAAUUGACCUAUCUACCGGUGACCUGCACGCAGGCAGUGGGUUAGGGGUGAAGCAGGGCUUACACAUCUCAUGUCAGCACGGAGUUGACUUGCACAGCCUUUCAUACUUGACUUCCGCACAAACCUACGUCUGGAGGUGUUGUGACAGAGGGCGAUCGACAACAUAGCAGAUGUCCGAAUCAACUUCGGCUCGGCCGUCGGACAAUCGCUUGAUUACAUUGCAUACGCACUAUAUGUGCAUGGCAUGGGUGGUGUAUAUGUUGCAUGUUGGGAUCUGGGGCUCUUUGAGGACCGGUUCAAAGGGGAGGUAAUGGCGUUUGUGGGACAUUUGACGUUUCGGGCUAUAUAUAUUCUACUGGCACAGCGACAUAGACUAUUGCUUAUUAUCAUUGCAUAAAUACCCGUGACAUAUUCUGCCAAUCUAUCAAACUUUCUUUUUGAGGCAAAAAGUAAA